AGAUCUGUCCCAGAGCGAUGCUGUUCGGUCACACCUCCUCCAUCACCUGUCUGUCUAAAGCCAGUAACAGCAGCGACAAGCAGUACAUGGUCAGCGCUUCAGAGAGCGGGGAGAUGUGUCUGUGGGAUGUGAACGACGGACGCUGCAUCGAGUUCACCAAGCUGGCCUGCGCUCACACUGGCAUUCAGUUCUACCAGUUCACCAUCGGCACUCAGAAGGAGGGGCGCCUGCUCUGUAACGGCCACUACCCAGAGAUCCUGGUGGUGGACGCCACCAGCCUGGAGGUGCUGUACUCCCUGGUGUCAAAGAUCUCCCCCGACUGGAUCAGCUCCAUGAUCAGCAUCCGAUCCCAUCGGACACAAGAGGACACGGUGGUGGCGGUAUCAGUGACGGGGAUCCUGAAGGUGUGGAUGAUAACCGCAGAGGUCAGCAAGAUGCAGGAUCUGGAUCCCGUCUUUGAAGAAGAGUCCAAACCCAUCUACUGCCAGGGCUGCCAGAGCAUCUCCUUCUGCAGUUUCACCCAGAGCAGCCUGCUGGUGGUCUGCUCCAAGUACUGGAGGGUGUUCGACGCCGGAGACUACUCCCUGCUCUGCUCCGUGCCCAGUGACAGCGACCAGUCGUGGAGCGGAGGAGAGUUCAUCGCGGCCGAUAAAGUCAUCGUGUGGACCGAAGACGGCCGCAGCUACGUCUACAAGCUGCCCGCCAGCUGUCAGUCUGCCAGCGAACAUUUCCGCAGCGACAUCGGGAAAACCAAAGAAGGCUCCGUCCCGCCGCUGAUCUACAGCGUCGCCGAGUGCUCCGACAAACAGCUCCUGAUCUGUCCUCCUGUGACUCGGUUCUUCUUCGGCCGGAGGGAACCUUUCCACAAGCUGCUGAUCCAGGGAGACUCAGCGGGCCGCCUGUCACUGUGGAGCAUCCCAGACUCCUCCCCUCCUCAAACCACCGCCACUUCAGCAGAGCUGCAGGUGUCGUCUACCAUCAGCCUGCAAGAGGCGUUUGAUAAGCUGACCCCCGUCUCCUCCGGGAUCAUCGACCAGCUGAGCGUGCUUCCAAACAAAGAACAACCCAUCAAGGUUACGGCCAGCGUUUACAUCCCGUCUCAGGGCCGGCUGGUGUGCGGCAGAGAGGACGGCAGCAUCGUCCUCGUUCCCGCCACGCAGACGGCCAUCGUGCAGCUCCUGCAGGGGGAGCACAUGCUCCGGAGAGGCUGGCCCCCCCACCGGACCCUGCGGGGCCACCGCAACAAGGUGACCUGCGUCCUGUAUCCGUACCAGGUGUCCCCCCGUUAUGACCAGCGCUCCCUGGUGUCGGGGGGAGUGGACUUCUCUGUCAUCGUUUGGGACAUUUUCACCGGAGAGAUGAAACACAUCUUCUGCGUUCACGGAGGGGAGAUCACCCAGCUGAUCGUUCCCCCCGAAAACUGCAGCACCCGGGUGCAGCACUGCGUUUGCUCUGUGGCCAGCGACCACUCUGUGGGACUGCUCAGCCUACGGGAGAGGAAGUGCAUCAUGCUGGCGUCCCGACACCUGUUCCCCAUCCAGGUCAUCAAGUGGCGCCCUGCUGACGACUACCUGGUGGUGGGAUGCUCUGACGGCUCCGUCUACGUCUGGCAGAUGGACACAGGAGCUCUGGAUCGCUGUGUGAUGGGAAUCACGGCUGUGGAGAUCCUGAACGCCUGCGACGAGCUCGCCCCGGCAACAGUGGACGCUCUGAGUCACUCCGCCGUUAACCUAAAGCAGGCCAUGACCCGCCGCAGCCUGGCGGCGCUCAAGAACAUGGCCCAGCACAAGCUGCAGACCCUGGCCACCAACCUGCUGGCUGCAGACAACGCUGACAAGGGUAAUUUACCCAAAUAUUCCCACAAUGCACUGGUGGUCCAGGCCAUGAAGACCAACCUGACCGACCCCGACAUGCACGUUCUCUUCUUUGACGUGGAGGCGCUGAUCAUCCAGCUUCUGACAGAGGAGGCCCAAAGGCCCAACCCCACGCUGGUGUCUCCUGAGACCCUACAGAAGAGUCAGGCGGGGGCCGACAAGGGGGGGUCCUUCCUGGCCAAUAAGAUCUUCAAACAGGUGAAGGAGACCAUGAAGGAGACCAUCAAAGAACAUCUGCUGGACGAAGACGAGGAGGAGGAGGAGGAGAUGAGGAGGCGCGAGGAGAAGUCCAAGUCUCUGAGUCUGCUGGAGUACAACCUGACCAUGGACACGGCCAAGCUCUUCAUGUCCUGUCUGCAUGCCUGGGGCCUCAACGAGCAGCUGGACGGUAUCUGCCUGGAGCGGCUGGGCAUGCUCCGCCCGCACUGCCCCAUCUCCUUCGGCCUGAUCUCCAGGGGGGGACACAUGUCCCUCAUGCUGCCCACCUUCAAGGAAUCCCUGCUGCGCCAGCUGUCCGUGGCCACAGGUCUGAAGCUCGCCCUGUCCGACAUCGUGGGGAAGGGGACGUACGGCGUGUCCAGGGCCGUCACCACGCAGCACCUGCUGUCCGCCAUCUCUCUGGCCAACACGCUGAUGGGCAUGACCAACGCCACCUUCGUAGGAGAGCACAUGAAGAAGGCGCCGGCCAGGCCCCCCAGACCAGGAGGAACCCCAGAGUCUCCUCGGAGGACGUCUGCCGCCCCCCCUCAGCCCUCCAACCCGGCGCUGCAGGCACAGAUCAAACAAGCUGCCAGCUCCAGUACUUCCACCACUGCUGGGGGUGUGGGGGCCCCAUGGGGCCAGCCUCAGGGGGCCCCUGGCUCCCCCAGCCCCGGCCCUGCUUCUCAUAACAUCCCCUCAGUCAACGAAGGCUGGAGCCAGCUGGCCGCCAUGCACUGCGUGAUGCUGCCGGAUCUCCUCGGCCUGGACAAGUACAGGCCUCCUCUGCUGGAGAUGUUGGCCAGAAGAUGGCAGGACCGAUGUCUGGAGGUUCGUGAAGCAGCACAAGCUCUUCUUCUGGCCGAGCUGCGGAGGAUCGGCCAAUCAGGACGUAAGGACACCAUUGAUGCCUGGGCUCCUUACCUGCCGCAGUAUGUGGACACGGUCAGCUCCCCUGGAGCAGCCACCGAGGCCGCCCCUCAGGCCCCGCCCCCUCCAGAGGCUCAGCCCGUGGAAACCAAGGCUACCGAGGAGGAGAUGGACGUCACUGAUGACGACAUCACCGCAGGCUGUCUGUCCAACCUUCCCCCGAAUGCCAAGAAGAUCUCCAACUCCUAUGAGGAGCGUCGGAAGCAGGCCACCGCCAUCGUCCUGCUGGGAGUCAUUGGAGCCGAAUUCGGCGCUGAAAUCGAACCGCCUAAAGGUUCAGGCCGAGCCCGAGCUGGAGGACAGGCGCCCGAAGGCUUCGGACCCACCAGUGGAGGCUCCUCUAACUACUCGCUGGCGAGACACACAUGUAAGGCGCUGACCUUCCUGCUGCUGCAGCCCCCCAGCCCCAAGCUUCCCGCCCACAGCACCAUCCGCCGCACCGCCAUCGAUCUGAUCGGCCGAGGCUUCACCGUCUGGGAGCCGUACAUGGACGUGUCGGCGGUGCUCAUGGGAAUGCUGGAGCUGUGCGCGGACGCAGAGAAGCAGCUGGCCAACAUCUCCAUGGGUCUGCCCCUGAACCCGCCUGCAGAUUCGGCCCGCUCCGCCCGCCACGCCCUCUCUCUCAUCGCCACCGCCCGCCCACCAGCCUUCAUCACCACCAUCGCUCGAGAGGUCCAUCGUCACAACGCCGCUCAGGCCAACUCCCAGUCCCAGCAGAACGUCCACACCACCACCUUGGCCCGGGCGAAGGCAGAGAUACUGCGAGUCAUCGACAUCCUGAUCGAGAAGAUGCCGGGAGACGUCGUGGACCUGCUGGUGGAGGUGAUGGACAUCAUCAUGUACUGCAUUGAAGGCUCCUUGGUGAAGAAGAAAGGCCUGCAGGAGUGUUUCCCUGCUAUCUGCAGGUUCUACAUGGUGGGAUACUGCGAUCGGAGCUACCGGAUCGCCGUCGGAGCGCGGCAGGGAUCCGUGGCUCUCUACGACGUUCGCACUGGGAAAUGUCAGAACAUCCACGGCCACAAAGGUCCGAUCACGGCCGUGUCGUUCGCCCCUGACGGCCGCUACUUGGCGACCUACUCCAACGCCGACAGCCACAUCUGCUUCUGGCAGAUGAACACCGGUCUGCUGGGCAGCAUCGGGAUGCUGAACUCGGCGCCGCAGCUCCGCUGCAUCAAGACCUACCAGGUUCCUCCGGUGCAACCCGCUUCCCCGGGAUCCCAGAACCACCUGAAGCUCGCCCGCCUCAUCUGGACCUCCAACCGCAACGUCAUCCUGAUGGCCCACGAUGGCAAGGAGCACCGCUUCAUGGUGUAGCCCCGAUGGCGCCGCCGGACGAACCUGGACCCGCCUGGCGGUUUGGGAUCAAAGGCAGAUGCAUGCGGUGGUUCUGAUGGUUUUCACCACCUGAAUAAAAAGGUUUAGAAAAGAAAGGUCCAAACCGGACUCGGGUCCAGGUUUGGUUCCUGCUUUAUCUGCUACAGCAUCAUGGCGAAGAAGUUCUGUUCAUUUUCUGAUUGGUGUUGAUGUUGGUUUUUUGGGUCUUUUGGUUCCUAUUUAUCUGCUGUUGCUGCUGGUUCUGCAGAAUUUUUACCUUGUUUCUAUUCUUGAUCGAAAGAACUCCAGGGAGGUCCGACGGUUCUGUUCGUGAACAAAAAACCUUCUCAGACGCCAUCCUCACUUCUCCGCCGUGUUUUUGCAGCCAGCCAUUUUUUUUUCUCAAAGUUUAACACAUUUUCACCUCAAACUGGCUCCGGGUCGGACCGGUUCCCGCUCGGACCGGUUCCCGCUCGGACCUGUUCCGGCCCGGACCGGUUAUGAACCGGACCGGGUCGGGUUCGGACGCUGCCGCCAGUAAAGUAAAUUUUCCCCAGUAUUUCUCUGAGUCUGAGUCGGUCUGACCGGAGCUGCCGUUUCCGUGGCUGCAGUAAACGUCUCAUCCCGUGUGCAGCGUUCCCGGUUCCUCGCUGCUGAUUGGCUGGUUUUGCUCCAUGUGAUCCUGAGCUUAGCGGUUAUCUUUAACAUCAACAUAGAACUUCUAUAAAACACUAGAAAAUUAUUUUAUUUUCUCUUUAUUUUAGUUUUUUUUUCCUUCAUUUAGAGGUUUAUUACUUUUAAACUUCCCUCUGAAUUCUCUGUUUUCCCGCGGAUCGUUUUCAGCAGAGACACCAGGAAGUUUUCCCUUCAUUCCAACAUUUCAUCACUUUUCUUUCUCGUUUUUUCUGUUUUCUAACGGCAACAUUUCCGACUGUUACUAAAACAUUUCUCCUUUAAAAAGUGAAUCUUUUCGGGUUUUUUUCGUCUGACUUGGACCUUUUCCAGAGGAGAAACCAGUAAAUUAAACUGGUAUCGCAUCAUUUCUGAUUACUUAGGUUAAAAACUGCUGACCUUUGACCCCAGAAACAAACACACCCAUUUCCAGUAGGAACAGCUUCUUCCUUUUUUCAUCUUCUUUUUAUUGAAUAAUUGUUUUUACUUUAAAUGUUGAAUUUGUGUGUUUUGCUAUAAAUCCGGUUCAAACCGGAUCUUAUCGCCGCAGAUUUAGGACCAAGUAUUUGCAGACCUUCCUGCUUUGAAGGCUGAUAAACUUUUAGUUUUAUUCAAAAUAAAUCACCUGUGAAUCUAUGUAAAAUAUCUACAGAGCUAGUCUGCUUCUCGCCCUCUUUGCUCCGUCGGCCGUCGGAAAGCUUCUCCCGCCGUCGGACUCCUGCAAAGCCGAGCGUGUCAAAGCUUUUCACAACUUCUUCUCCUCCUUAAAGGGAAAAAGCAUUUGAGGGAUUUCUGCAACAUCCUGACAGCUCUGAGAUCUUAAUCUCCCCCUUUCUGCAGCACUCUCUUAACAGUUUGGGGAAAAUAUGUUUUUGCCGGCCUCCCGGGGGAGGACAGGUGAGAAAAAUAAGGGAGGCAAAGAGUAAGCAAGGAGCGAGGAGGAUGAGAGCAGCCGAGCAGAAAGAGGCGAUGAACCUUAAACAGGAGAAAAAAGCUGCAGAACUGCUCAGCGACUUUAAUCAAAUGUUAUUAUUUAUAGAAAGUAAUUUAUUUGGAAGUGAUUUUAGGCACAUCGGCUCGGUGGCGUCGUCGUUUACAGUAACCUGGUGUUGAUGUUGUGAGAAGUGAUGCAUGUUUAGGCGCUUCCCUCGGUGUAACGCAGCUGUUUCCACCUCAUCAAUGUGUCGUUAUAAAAUCUAAAAAUGUGGGUUGAUGUUUAAUAAAGACGAUGAAGAAGCUUUGGCUCACGUUUAUUUAUUUUUCCUCUCAGUUUGCUGCUUUCGUUUAGGUUCAGUCGUUGAUCGUCGGUUUGGGAAACUUUCCCUUUGGAUGCAGAGAACCUGAGGACGGCGCCCGGAGCUGCAGGUCCUCAAGUCUGGAGCUCAACUUUGAACAAAGAC